AGCACAGGGACUCAGCUGGUUAGUCACAUGCCGAACAUUCAUUCAAUCAAGCAGUCGCUGCUGCUGUCGUCUCUCAUUUUUGCUCUCCGUACCACGGAAGCCUGAGCUCACGCUUGUCCAGCGAGGAUGGUGCCAUUCGAGAUGCCCUAUUCUGCAUGAUGGUGGCAGCCUCAUCCCUGACCCUUAGAUGGAGGAAUAACAGAAGAGGAUCUGCCACAGGAGAACUGGGGAAUCUUUCAAAUUCCAUCCCGACUAACAGCAUUUCAUUUUUGAACUCAAUACCAUGUGUGUCUGGUUUGUUUUGAAACAAAUCAUUUGUUUUGGAAACACUCAGGAAAGGAUUUUCCACUUGAACCAAGGAGCUGAAAGAGGAAACAGGUGGGAUCUGAUGGUAUUAAACCUUCCUGUGCAUUUUGGGGAGCUCAGCUUGCCCUCCUGCUGAGAUCAGAAGCAGGAGGAGCCAAGAACCACACUGAUUAAACAAAUGACUCCAACCUAGUAAAGUGGACACUCUAAUGGAAGAGCUUUAAUCUGCAAACACGUAACAUUUGCUCAACCAAGAUCUCCGCGCGAGGCGGAGAGUUCACUCGUCAGGCGGUGGGGUCGAAGAUGCCAGCGAUUCUGGUGGGGUCAAACAUGAAGUCGGGACUACCUAAGCCGGUGCACAGCGCUCUGCCUAUCCCUCAGCUUCACAGCAGACCGUCAGCUCUGGCUCUGCCGCCGCUCAAGACCACCAACCCAUCUUUGGGCCAUGGAGCUUCGAAAAGUGUCGGCCCGGAAGUCAGCAAGAACACGCAGAUCUACACGGACUGGGCUAACCACUACCUUGCUAAAUCGGGACACAAGCGUCUGAUCAAGGACCUUCAGACGGAUGUAACGGAUGGAGUUCUUCUGGCGGAGAUCAUUCAGGUUGUAGCCAAUGAGAAAAUUGGCGACAUCAAUGGCUGUCCCAAGAGCCGCUCUCAGAUGAUUGAGAACAUUGACGCCUGCCUGAGUUUCCUGGCAGCCAAAGGAGUCAAUAUCCAGGGUCUGUCUGCAGAAGACAUUCGGAAUGGCAAUCUGAAAGCCAUCCUCGGACUCUUCUUCAGCCUGUCUCGGUACAAGCAGCAGCAGCAGCACGGCCAGAGGCAGAACUCUCAGCCUGCUGUGUCUUCCACCACCCACCGUGAGAGUUCACAUCCUCCACUGAGCCAUCAGAGCAGCGCCCCGGCCCAGCUCAGCCACUCCACGCAUGGGACGCCCACUCACUCAGCACAGAAAGCAGCACAAGCCGAGAUGCAGUCCAGGAAUGGCUCUCAGAGUAAACUACUCAAGUUUUCCCUCGGUCAGAAAAAGACCUCUAGACUUCCCGGCCCAACAGCGAGGGUGUCCACUGCGGGCAGUGACCUCACCCCGAGAGCCUCGGUCAGUGCUGCCGGGAACAGACGAAGCCAGGGGUUCGGCGAGAAAACCAAAGCAAACCUGAAUAAGGAUUCCUCAGAGGGCAUGACCUCACAGCCUUUGGUAAUGACUGAGCAUGCUCCGUCGUCCUUGUCCAGCAUCAGCAUCCCUUCCACUACCUCCGCUCUGGUUCCCACAUCAACGCCAUCCACAGCCAUUCCACAGCCCAACAGCAGCAGUAAACCCUGGAGGAGCAAGUCCAUGAACUCCAAGCACAUGUCCUCGUCCACCAGCAUUUCCGCCCCUGCAGUGCAGACUGGAAAGCAGGAUGCUUCGAGCAAAACUAUUUUGGUAUCAGAAGCUCCUCCAAAAGUGGCUGCUCAGAAAUCAAUGCUGGAAAAGCUGAAGCUGUUUAACAGUAAAGGAGGCUCCAAAUCCUCCUCCACGAAUGGUGUCAGCAGUGAUAACGGCAACCUUGUCAGGCAGCUUGUGUCAGGACAGGUGGAGAGAGCAGAAACUGGCUCCAACACCGACCCUCUGGAGGAGGAUGACGGUAAUGUCCGACCUGGAAUGAAUGGGAAUAGUAAUGGGAAUGCAUUUGGCGCUGUUCCCUCAACAGGCACUGCUGUCGCCACGACUGCCAGUAGCCCCAAAAUAGCCCUACGAGGCAUUGCCCAACGCACUUUCAGCAGAGCCCUGACUGCAAAAAAGAGCUCAGUCAAAGGACCCGAGAAGGAAAAGGUGAAGGAGAAAGCAAAGGAGGCAGGAAAACGUGUCUCAGUGCCUGACAAGGUGGAAGAGAUCAAGGAGGAAGUAGUUUCUGUCUGCGGCGACUUGGACAGUGCUAACAAAAAGACCUCGAAAAUUACCAGCUUCAUUCCCAAAGGUGGGAAAGUGGCCAAGAAGGAGAGUUCCACACCUGCACACAGCGGAAUACCAAAGCCCGGAGUCAAAGCUCCUGGAAAGCCCUCUGCAGCAGGAGGGAAGGAGGCUGUGGAGAGGCCCAGGAGCAUGAGGUUAAGUGGGGGGAUAUCCAUGAACCGAGCCCCCCCGGAGAAGGACGGCAAACACACAAGCGCUACCUCCAGUGUGAGCUCCAUGGAUGGAAAGAGCAGCGCAAACCUGGUGGCAGGAGGAGGAAACACGCAGAGCACAGCCAGCAACACUGUCAGUGUGCAGCUACCUCAGACGCAACAGCACCACAGUCACCCCAACAUGGCCACCGUCGCACCUUUCAUGUACAGAUCCCAAACCGACAGCGAGGGAGUAGCAAACACUGAGUCAGGCUCCGGGGGAAGAACUGUGGACAUUUCUCUCAUUAAGACGGGUCAAUCGUCCAUCGAGGAUUUGUCAGCCGAAGACCCUGAGACGAGACGGCUGCGGACUGUCAAAAAUAUAGCAGACCUGCGACAGAACCUGGAGGAGACCAUGUCCAGUCUGCGAGGAACUCAGGUCACACAUAGCACCUUGGAGACGACUUUCGACGGCAGCGUCACCACAGAUAUCAGCAGCAAUAAUGCCGGAGGGAGAAGCAUCCUCAGCCUCACUUCCACUCGACCCGCUUUGUCGUCAUGGCGACUGGGUCAGGCCAGUCCUCGUCUGCAGGCAGGCGACGCCCCCUCUAUUGGCAACGGCUACGGCGGGCGCGUGUCGGGCGGACAGGGAGGCCGAUACUUGUACCCCGGGAACCUGAGGCGGCAGCUGGCUGGCAGAGGAGGAGCUCUGUGUAGCGUGGAGCUCGGAGACCGAGCCGGGGAGGACUUGGACCUGGAAAGCAUCGCCAUGGAGGUCACUGGAUAUAUGAGUGAUGGAGAUGUCCUGACCAAGAACCCUGCACGCACGGAGGAGGUCACAAGCGGCUACAUGACUGAUGGAGGAUUAGGACUGUACACACGGCGGCUGAACCGUCUACCUGACAGCAUGGCAGCCGUCAGAGAGACGCUCCAUCGAAACACCUCAUCUGGACAAGGAGAUGCUGACAGCUGGGACGACAGCAGCUCUGUGAGUAGUGGCAUCAGCGACAACAUCGACACUGAUGACAUCAACACCAGCUCAUCCAUCUCGUCCUACGCGAACACACCAGCAGCCCAACGCAAAGGCCUCAAAACACAGCCUGUGACCGAUGCAGAAAAGCAGUCGGCCUCCACGGCGGCGCACCAGGUCUGGUCAGGAGACGAGGUGAAAAGGCCAGACGCUGGGUCGGACAGCGGGGUCAGAAUGGAGACGGCCUCCAAGUGGAGCCGCCGCAACCCUUCUGAUAUCUCUGAUGAGUCCGACAAGGGCGGAUCGGGGAGGAAGACCCCCUCGGUGUCCCAGACAGGCUCCUGGAGGAGAGGCAUGAGCGCUCAAGUGGGUGUGACAUCCCCACGGACCAAAAGCACCAGCAGCACUGGAUCCACGGGGUCAGUCUGCCAUAAGAGCCACAGCUCAGGUAAAACCGAUGAUGUGAAGGUGUCGGAGAAGGGACGUCUCUCACCGCGGCCCAAUGGCCUCCACCGCUCCCCCUCCGACGUGGGACGCAACAGCGGAGACGAGACAAAGAAAGCGUCCCUCACCACCAGCCGGGCACCAACCACAAACGCUCUCACUCACACACUUUCCGACUCGCAAACAUCUCGCACUCCAACCAGCAGCUUUGGCUUUAAGAAGCAGGGUUCUGGGCUCGUAACCUUGGUAACCGCCAGUGGGGCCACCAUCACCAGUGGCUCUGCAACUUUAGGAAAGAUGCCGAAAUGCGGUGCACGAUCGCUGGCGGGUGGACUGAAGUCUGGCGACUCUAUGCUGGGUCAUCACGACGACGGCUUCCUCCCGAUGAGCGCCCGCUCCACCCUUCAGUACCGAAGCUUGCCCAGACCCAGUCGCUCAGGCUCAGUGGCUCGCAAUGGAAACCGCUCAUCCACCAGCAGCAUUGAGGCUGCCGUGCUUUCUGUCACCUCCCACGGAAAGAACUCGAUGAGCAUUGCAAAAACCAACGGCUCCGGAGCUCUAUUGUCUAACCAGACCGACCGGGAGAAGGGCGUCUCUGAUAUCGACAGCAUCCGGAGUGGACUUCUAAGUGGCGGCGCUGCAACGGUUCCUGUGUCGGGGAGACAGCAGGUCUCAUCCCCUACGCUCCGCAGGUUGUUUGGAGGGAAGGCCAGUAAACAGGCGCCUGUCACCACCACAGAAAACAUGAAGAACUCCACUGUGAUAUCGAAUCCUCAUGCCUCCAUGAAUCAUGUGUCCACGUUGGUGGAAUCUCCAGACGGGGGCCUGGGUGACAGCGAGACCAGCAGCCCCAUGUUUGGUGGCAGAUUACUGGGAUCAGGAACUGGAACGCUGGGCAGUGAACAGGCCUCCAGUCCUGGCUCAGUCUACUCCUCCACUGGACCCUCGAACAGCCUCACCUGGGGGACCACCUUCAGCGGCUCGUCCGCCCAAAGCAGAGAAAGCACACUAGGUGGCCACGGUGGGACCGGCAGCAUGGGCUUCCCCUCGGUGAGCAGCAUGCACACCAGCAGCGAAUCCAUCGACAUGAGCCUGGGGAGCGCUGGUCACGGGAACCACAGGGAGGACGUGCUGUCUGCACUCGGACGCAACGGCAGCGUGAAGACUGGCGUGUCUGAAAGCCCCCCCUCCUCCCCCUCUGCUAGCCCUAAAUUCAGCCGAAACACCCUGCCUCGGAGACAGGACAGCGGGCCCAACUGUGGCAGAAACACUCUGCCUAAAAAGGGACUCAGGUACGGUCCGACGCCGCAGCUGCGAAGCCACGAGGAGGCUCGUGAUUGGCUACGCUCGCACUCCACCAGUGGGCUGCAAGACUCGGCCAGUAACUCACCCUUCUCCCCUGGAUCCAGCCUCACGUCUCCCUCUGGCACUCGCUUCAACUUCGGACAGCUCGCGUCCAGUCCAACUUCCACUGCUCAAAUGAACCUCACUGGCCAUCGCAACAACAGCCUGACCAAUCAGGACGUGUCCUUUGACUCCUGCACUGAUAACCGGCUGAGAAACUCCUGCAUGUCUCUGGACGAGAAGACCCGCACCAUGAGCCGGUCCGGCUCUUUCCGAGACGGCUUUGAAGAAGUUCACGGAUCAUCCUUGUCUCUGGUCUCCAGCACCUCUUCCAUUUAUUCAACGAAUGAAGAGAAGUCCCAGUCGGAGAUCCGAAAGCUGCGACGGGAGCUGGAUGCUUCCCAGGAAAAGGUUUCUGCCCUGACAACACAGCUGAGCGCAAAUGCUCACCUGGUGGCAGCAUUUGAGCAGAGUUUGGGCAACAUGACCAUCAGACUGAAGAGCUUAACUCAGACUGCAGAGCAAAAGGACUCUGAACUGAACGAGCUGAGGAAGACUAUAGAGCUGCUGAAGAAGCAGAACGCAGUCGCUCAGGCCGCCAUCAACGGGGUUAUCAACACACCAGAGCUCGCAACAAAAGCGGAGAGAACAGCCGGAACCAACGGCAGCUCUCAGCAGCAGAAUGCGCAGCCAGACCUCCGCAUCAGGAGGCAACACUCGUCGGACAGCGUCAGCAGUGUCGCCAGCGCAACCAGCCACUCCAGUGUGGGGUCCAACAUGGAUGCUGACGCCAAAAACAAGAAGAAGAACAAAAAGAACUGGCUCCGAAGCUCUUUCAAACAAGCGUUCAGCAAAAAGAAAUCCCCAAAAUCUGCCUCAUCCCACUCCGAUAUCGAGGAGAUGACUGACUCGUCCCUGCCGUCGUCUCCCAAGCUGCCUCACAACGGCGCCUCCAGCGCCACCAGCCUCUUGCUCAGGAACACGCACUCCAGCACCAUACUCUCGGAGUGUUUGGACGCUGAGGCGGAGACAGUGAUGCAGCUGCGCAGCGAGCUCCGUGAGAAGGAGAUGAAACUGACAGAUAUCCGCCUGGAGGCGCUCAGCUCUGCACAUCAGCUGGAUCAACUCAGAGAGGCGAUGAACCGUAUGCAGCUGGAGAUCGAGAAGCUGAAGGCGGAGAAUGACCGCCUGAAGCUGGAGAAUCAGGGCAGCAGGACCGGAUCCCCGGCCUCCGCCUCCUCUUCUCCUCCCCCUCACACACAAGGUCAAGCAGCGGGGCCCGGUCUGUCCCAGCAUAGCCUCAACCUCACCACCAGCGAGUCCACCAGUCUGGACAUGCUGCUGGACGACAUGGGGGGAGAAGGAGGGAUGAGAAAGGAGGGACGACAUGUGAAGAUCGUGGUCAGUCUCGAGCAGGACAGCCAGUGGAUAGAGGAUGGGCGAGCACGUAACUUCCUGAUCGGCUGCAUCGGUGUCAGCGGUAAAACCAAGUGGGACGUUCUGGAUGGGGUAGUCAGACGCCUUUUCAAGGAAUACAUCACACACGUGGACGCAGUGAGUCAACUGGGCCUGAGCUCUGACAGCGUAGAGGGCUAUAACAUCGGGGAAGUCCACCGACCCAGCAGCCCCAGUGCUGCUCACACGCCCGAACUUCUGCCCUGCGGCUACCUGGUCGGAGACAGCAACACCAUCAACAUCCAACUGAAAGGUGUGCGGAGCGGCAGCGUGGACUCCCUGGUGUUUGACACCCUCAUCCCAAAACCGAUGCUGCAGCGCUACAUCUCCCUGCUGAGGGAGCACAGACGCGUCAUCCUCUCGGGUCCCAGCGGCACCGGGAAGACUUACCUGGCCAAUCAGCUGGCUCUGCAUUUACUCGCUCUUGAGGGACGAGCCCCGACCCCAAAUGCUGUUGUCACCUUCAAUGUGGACCACAAGUCCAGCAAGGACCUGAGGCAGUACCUGGCUGGGUUGGCUGACCAGUGCAGUGGAGUUACAGGGACGGAGAGUCCACUUGUGGUCAUCCUGGACAACCUGCACCACGUUAGCUCUCUGGGGGAAAUCUUCAACGGCGUCUUCAACUGCAGUUACCAGCGCUGUCCCUUCAUAAUCGGCACCAUGAGUCAAGCCACGUCAUCUGCACCCAACUUGCAGCUUCAUCACAACUUCAGGUGGGUGCUGUGCGCCAACCACAUGGAGCCAGUGAAAGGCUUUCUGGGCCGCUACCUGAGGAGGAAGCUGAUCGAGGUGGAGAUCGGCAGUCGAACUCGCAACAUGGAGCUGGUGAAGAUCAUCGACUGGAUCCCGCGGGUUUGGCACCAUCUGAACCGCUUCCUGGAGACGCACAGCUCAUCCGACGUCACUAUUGGACCGCGUCUUUUUCUGUCGUGUCCCAUGGACGUGGAGGGAUCCAGGGUUUGGUUCACUGACCUGUGGAACUACUCCAUCAUCCCGUACACGCUGGAGGCUGUCAGAGAAGGGCUGCAGCUGUAUGGCCGCAGGGCUGCCUGGGAGGACCCCGCUGCCUGGGUGAUCGACACCUUCCCCUGGUCAGCCACACCCACUCCAGCCGAAUGGCCCCCCCUGCUGCAGCUCCGGCCCGAGGACGUGGGCUUCGAUGGGUUCUCUGCCCCGAGGGAAGGAAUCAGGAAGGAGCCCCCUCAGAGCGACAGUGAUGCCGAUCCUCUGAUGAACAUGCUGAUGCGACUGAAAGAGGCGGCGACGUCGUCAAGCCCGCAGAGCUACGACAGCGACUCCAACAGCAACAGUCACCAGGACGACAUCCUGGACUCGUCGCUGGAGUCCACCUUGUGAUUCCUUUUUUGCAGAUCUAAAACACUGAACCAACCAGGGAGUCCUAGCUCGCGCGCCAAGAUGCAGCCACCUUCAUUUGGGUGCUGGUUACCCAAUGAUACAGAGAGACUUGCUCCCACACUGUGUUGUUUUUGUUGUUUUCCUACACCGCAGUGGCCCGCUGCUCCUUUGGAGAGAAAAGCACAGAGCCUGUCAGUGUUCAGAGGCUUCAUCAUCAUCAUCAUCGUCAUCGUCACGACCUAUUGCAGUGAACAAUAGCCGCCUGCUGAUGGCGACAUAUUCUCUGUAUCUGCAUGGACAAGCUGUGGCUGAUUUUUACGUCAUUUUUGGUCGAUGUUUUCAACUUUUUAAAAGGGAAAGGUUUUGUUUGUCAGCAGCUGCCUGUUUUCAGGGUCUCAUCUUUUCUUUUCCGUCAACCACAAAGUGUUAAAAACACUGUCUACAAUUCUAUACGUUAGUAUUAGCAAGAGGUGUCAUGACCAUCGGUCAUGAUGAAAUAUUACAGUGACUCGAGACAAUUCCAUGGGCGUUUACAUCUUCAUUUGGUGCUGAUUCUGUCAUUUCAUUUGGUUUUAAAUAAGUGUGAGUGCUGUUCAUCCAUGAGGGAGUCAUCUUCCUGCCACUCUGGCUGACUGAAAUAGAUUCAUUUUAUACAUUGAAGUGACUUCAAAUCUGAUGGCUAAUUAUGGACUGUGCUUCACGCUUUGUUGCAGUGCUUUCAGCUGUAAAGAUGUGAGACCAAAAGGGAACGUUUGUGUCGACAGUGAUCCCUUCAACAUUUCAUAAACUAUGAAAGCAUCAUGAUCCCUGAGAGAAACUGGUCAUGGAACACACGGUCCACUUGAUUUCAAAAUCUGCUGUUUGUUUUUUUCCUUUCAUGAUCAUGACAUGAACGUUCAGCCCACUCUGGCUGUUGUAGCACAAGUGUCUCGGUGCCGGACUGAAUCCUAACAAUGCCUUACUCUUUUCUAUGUCGGAGAUUUGUGCUUCGUAGCUGUUCCACGGCUGUAAACUCUGAGGGCUCGGCAUCUCUCGCUCUCUCUCUCUCCUGCGAGGAGAGCGACAUCAUCAUAUCAAACAUCAGUUACGAUUGAGAACUUUUGCUUUUGUAUGGACGCAUGGCUCAGUGAAGCUGGUGUAAAAACGAGGACCACUCGCUGGUUAGAGUCUGACAGAUGGUGCUGCUGGGAUGAGAAAACAAAAUAUCAUUAUUUAUACCUCAUCCUUCUCUCAUCGCACUAGAUUUGUGAUGGAAACUGACUGCUGCUUUGUUUAUAGUGAUUAUGACUUGUGGUUGAAGGAUGUCGUUCAGCGGUUUCUGUGGCUUGAAAGUGCUAACUUUGUAGCUGAAUUCAGGCAGGUGUCCAGUACAGCCUCCAUCGCUCCUCAGUGUUUCUCGUCAUCGAUCCUAUGCAAGGUUAAAUCGAGGUGUGUGCGUCAGGCUGAGAGUGUUUUUUGACCCCAGAAUGGUCACCAGCACUGCCUAAAGCAUGAACCGGAGUCCUGUCCGACCUGUGGUUUCGUCCAUGCGUGACCUCCACAGGCUUCCUUGUUGUCCUAAGCACAAAGAGAGUUCUAUUCCUGCCUGUCGGUUUAUUACGUGCGAUGAGCUCGAUGAAUGUUUGCUGUGUACAUUUUUAUAUGUAACAUAACUUUUGUAAAUACUUAAUUAUCGUUCAGCAAUUUUGAUGCCAUUUUUCUAGCUGAUUUGGUACCGUACUUGAAAAUGAAUAUUUUGUGUACAGUCUCUUUAUAAUCAGAGCAGGUAGAUGCAGUUUCGCUAUCGCUGCUCUGUCCAGGGCUCGAAGAAUUCAAACUGAUAUCACUGUAAUCGUCUUAAGUUAUUGUGAUUCAAUAAAAAAAAUAAUGGU